UGUUUGUUAAUAAGAAAAACGUUAGUGUCUAAACAAGCCUUGCGUGCUUCUGCUGCACUUUCGUCACAACUGCUGUGCUGCCUGCAGCCGACGCACUGACCAGAAAAAGUAACUACGAAAUACUGGACGUGGAGCCAACAGCAACGUACUCACUGCUUCCCAACAAGUAGAAGAAGAGGCUCUAUGACACUUUGGGUCAUGAUGCCUUACUGAAAAACAAGGCCACUUUGGACCCCGUGGAAGAAGACAAGGAGAACUUCUUCAGCUUUUUGGACAGACAUUUGUAGACAUAUUUUUGGCAAGGUGACACACUUCCACUGAAGCUUCUCUCAUGAUGGAGAGGAUGAGGAGUUAAAGUUUUGACGGACCUGUUGGGGAUGAAAAUGAAGAUUACUUCUCGAUGAUUUUAUUUUAUUUUUUUACUUUAUUUCACUGUGUGUGUAUUUUUUAAUAUCUUGUACUAUAUCGUCUGUGUGUCAUAAUAAAGUCGUAUUAAAGCCUUAUAUUAGUGUUAUUAUGUCUUCACUGGCUAUCUGUGCUGCCUCUUUUAUUGGUUAUCUUCUAAAUUCAACCCUUCUUUACAGGUCGCUGAUAUGGGUGGCAUGCCCCCUUCUCCCAUGUGGGUGUGUCGAAAGUCCUGAGUUACUGACUAACGCACCAUUUACUCCCUUUUUUUCCCCCUUGGCUAGCACUUUAGAUUUGGGACAGUUGUACUCCAUUUCUCAUCAAGCCAGCGUGCACUUUGACCCAAAGGAUAUCCUGUGCCUUCUCAGCAGUUACAGCUCAAGCACAUUGCAGCCAGCUGACAAAAGAGCUUAAAUGCACAUUUCCACCCGAACAAACAAGGACUUCUUAGCAUUUUCUGAAACAGAAAACAAGCAAGACUGAAAACUUUGGCUCAGAAGUUUGACGAUGAUGGAAGAGGUGAAAGAAGAGGUGCCUUCUCUGAGUGUUCAUGGUCAUAGCGUCAAGGUUGCAGAGGUGCUGCAAGACGGAGAUGGACUUACCUUUCUAAUUGUGUCUCAAAAACUGUCUGGGACGGGAGAGUACCAUGUGGACCGGACUUAUGAGGAUUUUGAAUGGCUGCAGCAGCACCUCUUCGCUCAGGAGGAUGUGCCUGGGAUACAGGGAGUUAUAUUUCCUCCUCUUCCUGUAAAGGCUCAGAUGAAUGCAACAGCAAAGGCCGCCAGACAGCUUGGUUUCCUCGGUUUGGGGAACUUGCAGCCAUACUGUGCAGCACUGGAAACCUUCCUCCACCAGGUGGCAGCACACAACCUACUCACAAAAAACAAAGCUUUGGACAUCUUCCUCACCAGCUCCGAACCGCCAGGUCGACAGAGAGCCAAGAAAAACAUUUUCAAUCGCUUGAGUCAAGCUGUGGAAGAGAUGAGAAAAGAAGGCCAUAAGGAUGUUGAUGAGUUCUUUCAAACCAAACGGGAAAUCAAUCACUCUCUAACUGGUGGGACCAGAAACGCAGUGGAGAAAUUCCUGGAUGUGGUGCUAACUGAGCAAAAAAUAGCAGUGGCCUGUGGGCACUUUGCAGCAGCCCUGCAUCUGUGUGUGGAAUCAAGUGAUGAUCCUGACAAAGCAGCUUUUUCAAAGAUUUGUGUAAAAUUAUCAGACAUCUUUGAGUCAAUGAAGAAGAGUAUGACCAAUGUUGCUGGGAAUGAUGUGACCACUCUCGGACUCGGCCUGGAUCUGGAGUCACGCUAUCAGGAAGCACAAAAAGAGAUGCUUUUCAGAAGGACCUGUAAACUAGUGGAGUUGGAAACUGCCAGAAAGAAUGCAGAGAAGGCCAAGCCAGUCAAGAAGGCUGCUUUGGAGGAGGUGAAGACAGCAGCAGAAACCAAGUUUGAUUGCAUUUGUCAAGUGGCAAAACAAGAGAUUGAGCACUUCGAGGGUGCUCGUGUGCAGAUGUGGCAGCAGGCUCUGGUGAAGUGGUGCGAAAAGCAGCUCCACACAGCCCGGGAAAUCGCAGACCAGUACGACCAGCAACUGCAGGCCUUCAGAGGGAUGUGACCCCCUCGUUCACCGCGUGCACUUCCAGUGUGUUUGAACAUAUGGAAGCAUGUCACUUGGUUGCAUUUAAGUGCAAAUGACGCUCAGUGAAAACAGAAAUAUAAGCUCAUGAGACCAUGUCAAAACUACAUACAAUGACAAUGAUUAGCUGUCCAUUUUCUACACUACUUUCUUGUUUGAUGUUAUGAUCCCACCAAAUAAAGUAUGACAAAUUGAA